GGAAAGUAGGUUAGUGGUGCGACAUUUAGGGAAGGCAGAAAGUAGGUCAGGGACGGAGGUGCCUGUUUACCCGCGCCGGACUCACCGCCGCCGCCGCCGCGGGAUCCGAGUGGGGGCGCGGACGCGGGCGCUCCCGCGAGCCACGGUGGUGCUGGCUAGAGUGCACACUUUUGGACCCAAACUUAAAUUUUCAAAUGUGGAAUCCUAGGCCUUCACUGGUUUCUGGAAGAAGUUGACUGCCUGAAAGGAAACGACAAAACAUGAAAAUCGCUUUGAGGUGACCCAUAAGUCCAGUGGCCCCUUGCUCCUCCCAAGGUGGAUCUGAGCUUUAAGAACUGUAAUUUCAGACCUCCAAUGGCCGACCAGAGAAUGGACAUUUCUUCGACAAUCAGUGACUUCAUGUCCCCGGGCCCCACCGACCUGCUCUCCAGCCCCCUCGGCACAGGCAGCAUGGAUUGCAACCGCAAGCGGAAAGGCAGCUCUACCGACUACCAUUCACAGGUCGAAUUUGGGGAGCACAGUGGCUGAAGGUCAGAUGCCCACUAGGAGAUGCUAUGAUUAAUAUAGAAAGCAUGGACACAGACAAAGACGACCCUCACGGAAGGUUAGAAUACACAGAGCACCAAGGAAGGAUCAAAAAUGCCAGGGAAGCUCACAGUCAGAUUGAAAAGAGGCGUCGGGAUAAAAUGAACAGCUUCAUUGAUGAAUUGGCUUCUUUGGUGCCCACGUGCAAUGCCAUGUCCAGGAAAUUAGAUAAACUUACUGUGCUGAGGAUGGCCGUUCAGCACAUGAAAACAUUACGAGGUGCCACCAACCCAUACACAGAAGCAAACUACAAACCAACUUUUCUGUCAGAUGAUGAAUUGAAACACCUCAUUCUCAGGGCAGCAGAUGGAUUUUUGUUUGUCGUAGGAUGUGACCGAGGGAAGAUCCUCUUUGUCUCCGAGUCUGUCUUCAAGAUCCUCAACUACAGUCAGAACGAUCUGAUCGGUCAGAGUUUGUUUGACUACCUGCACCCUAAAGACAUCGCCAAAGUGAAGGAACAGCUCUCGUCCUCAGACACGGCACCCCGGGAGCGGCUCAUAGAUGCAAAAACUGGACUUCCAGUUAAAACAGAUAUAACCCCUGGGCCAUCUCGAUUAUGUUCUGGAGCACGACGUUCUUUCUUCUGUAGGAUGAAGUGUAACAGGCCUUCAGUAAAGGUGGAAGACAAGGAUUUCCCCUCUACCUGCUCAAAGAAAAAAGAUCGAAAGAGCUUCUGCACCAUCCACAGCACAGGGUACCUGAAGAGCUGGCCGCCCACAAAGAUGGGGCUGGACGAGGACAGCGAACCGGACAACGAGGGCUGUAACCUCAGCUGUCUCGUCGCCAUCGGACGCCUGCAUUCGCACGUGGUUCCGCAGCCGGUGAACGGGGAAAUCAGGGUGAAGUCUAUGGAGUAUGUGUCUCGGCACGCGAUAGACGGGAAGUUUGUUUUUGUAGACCAGAGGGCAACAGCUAUUUUGGCAUAUUUACCACAAGAACUUCUAGGCACAUCAUGUUACGAAUAUUUUCACCAAGAUGACAUAGGACAUCUCGCAGAAUGUCAUAGGCAAGUUUUACAGACGAGAGAAAAGAUUACGACUAACUGCUAUAAGUUUAAAAUCAAAGAUGGUUCUUUCAUCACGCUGCGGAGUCGAUGGUUCAGUUUCAUGAACCCUUGGACCAAGGAAGUCGAAUACAUUGUCUCAACCAACACUGUUGUUUUAGCCAACGUCCUGGAAGGCGGGGACCCAGCCUUCCCACAGCUCACAGCGUCCCCCCACAGCAUGGACAGCAUGCUGCCCUCUGGAGAAGGUGGCCCAAAGAGGACCCACCCCACUGUUCCAGGGAUUCCAGGGGGAACCAGGGCUGGGGCAGGCAAAAUAGGUCGAAUGAUUGCUGAAGAAAUCAUGGAGAUCCACAGAAUAAGAGGGUCCUCACCUUCCAGUUGUGGCUCCAGCCCAUUAAACAUCACAAGUACACCUCCCCCUGAUGCCUCUUCUCCAGGAGGCAAGAAGAUUUUAAAUGGAGGGACUCCAGACAUUCCUUCCAGUGGCCUACUACCAGGGCAGGCUCAGGAAAACCCAGGUUAUCCAUAUUCUGAUAGUUCCUCUAUUCUUGGCGAGAAUCCUCACAUAGGCAUAGACAUGAUAGAAAACGACCAAGGCUCAAGUAGCCCCAGUAAUGACGAAGCAGCGAUGGCUGUCAUAAUGAGUCUCUUGGAAGCAGAUGCUGGGCUGGGUGGUCCUGUCGACUUCAGCGACUUGCCAUGGCCGCUGUAAACACUACAUGUUGCUUUGGCAACAGCUACAGUAUCAAAGUGCAUUACUGGUGGAGUUUUACAGUCUGUGAAGCUUACUGGAUAAAGAGAGAACAGCUUUUAUGUACUGUCUUCAUAAGAGCCAUCUCAGAGCCAUUGAUACAAGUCAAUCUUACUAUGUGUAACUUCAGACAAAGUGGAACUAAGCCUGCUCCAGUGUGUCUUCAUCAUCGAUUAUUGGGCUAGCUGUGGAUAGCUUGCAUUAAUUGUAUAUUUUGAAUUCUGUUUGUGUUGAAUUUUUUAAUCAUCGUGCACAGAAGCAUCAUUGGUAGCUUUUAUAUGCAAAUGGUCAUUUCAGAUGUAUGGUGUUUUUACACUACAAAGAAGUCCCCCAUGUGGAUAUUUCUUAUACUAAUUGUAUCAUAAAGCCGUUUAUUCUUCCUUGUAAGAAUCCUUUACUAUAAAUAUGGGUUAAAGUAUAAUGUAUUAGACAGUUAAAUAUUUUUAAUAAAUGUUUCCCUUGUUCUAUAAA